AUGCAUGACACACAAUAUCAAGAGCCGGCGGCGGCGGACCGGCCACAACGGCGUGCCGCGCCGGACGCCCCGUACAAGCGCUGUCGCAGCCACGACCCGAUCGUGCCGACAUGUGGCCCGCCGAUCCCCGACCACAUGCUGUCGCACGCAAACAAAGUGGCCGCGAACAUGCGCGCCGGCCGUUUUGUGCGCCGGCCGACCUUUGUCCUCGGCCUGCGGGCGGUCGAUGCCACCACCCAGGCGCUCGCCGCACGCAUCCUCCGGGGGCCCCUCGCGGCCUUGUGCGACGACACGGCCGCCCUGCUGGCCGCCCCGCGGCCGACCGACCCGGCGACGGCUACGGCGACGGCGACGGCGCGCCACGGCACGAGCAUCUUGGAGCUCGUGCGCGACGCGUACGCGCUGGAACCCGGCCGGCCGUGGACGCUCUGGGCGUUCCGGGACAUGUGGGACCGGUGUCCCGUGGCGCUGAAAAGCGCAGAGGAUGCCUUUGUGUUUCUCCACGUGCGGCUGGCCGCCCUGGAGCGGCACGAGGGGGACCCGACCGAGCUGCAGCUGUUUGUGCACUUUGUCGUCGAGGCGAGUCCGACGUGGCCGAAGCUGUUUGCGGUGACAUAUGUGAGCGACGGUGACGACGACGACGGUGACGACGACGGUGACGAUGACAACGGAGAAGAGGAGGAUGGCCAGGAGGCGGAGAUGCGAGACAUGGAGGACCUCAAGCUGGACGAGGAGACAAAGGCCACACAAAAGAGAAUGGAGAGACAAGGAAGACUGUCGACAAGAGAGAUCGAGAAAGACGAGAUCGAGAACGGCGCGAAAGGGAGAAGAAGCGCGAGCAGGAAAGGAGAGAAGCAGACCAAAGAGAGAGGGAGCGAGACAAAAUGGCGCGACAAGAAGAACGCCUCAGAAGAGACGAACUCGAGAGACUGCACCGGGAGCGGCAGAUGCAGCGAGAGCGCGAACAGAGAGACGCACGUCGGCGGUGGCUUCAACAUGAGCGUGAGAAUGAGACCAUGGACAGGCUGCGGGGGAGAUUCAGAAUGCUUUGAUCCUGCGCCGUCCGCAGAAGUUCGGUAG